GAAGCUCCGAAAAGUGACAGCUGAGACCAAAUCUAUAAGGAGCACUCCGCAGGUAGUCGGCAGAAACUCAACAUAUGUCCCAGACCCAGUAUCCAGGAUAUAAAAGCACACGUCACCCUCCUUGUCCAAGAUGAAAACUCCCUCUCACCAUCAACUCUUGUCGUCUCAACAUUUUCAGCAAGCCUCGUGGUAACUAGGAUACUCGAACACCAUGGAGUUCAACAACAGCAUGCAGUCAGACAGCAACGUGGGGUCGGAAGAGAACAACAUUCAGUCAGACCAAAACAUUGACUUCGACAACAGCCACGAGUUCGACAGCAUCAUGCAGUUGGAGAAUAUGAUGCAGUUGGAGAGCAUUGAGUUUGACAACAACAGGGACUCAGACGACAGCGUGGAGUCAGACAGGUCAAGAGUGUCUGCAUCUCCCUACCCUAAUUAUUCGGCACCGAUUUCCUUCCUUCAGUCGCACAUCUCAAAAGUUCUGAAGGACGCUGGAGUGCCAUGUUUCCUGUGGGACGAAUCGGCAUUCGCCAUCUACUGCUUGGGGCAGCCGACCGCGAAGACUUUAAGCUGGGUAAUUCCAGAUGCCUAUAUCCACGAUGCCGCCGCAGCCCUGUUGCUGGCCAAGUUUCAAUAUCCUCUGGAACUUUUCUAUGACGAUUUUGUGAUGGUACCAGACUACCACCUUGAGAUCCCAAGGAAGAUGGAGUUGGAUAAGCGUCCAGAAAUCCUCCUCUACCAGAAGACACGAGUUUGUUGGAGCUUUCCGGAUCCCCCAAUGGGCCGUCCCGGACGAAAUGCCACGUACUACACGUUGACCUCUGACACACGGUUCUAUAGCCCAUACGACCCUGAGGAUAGAGACAUCAAGGAAGACCGGCCGAUUGUGAUCGUCGACAAGCAGGACCCUUUCCUGCGACAAGUCGACCCAGGCACACAUAUCCCCAUCGAUGUCGAGGAACUCCGGUUCCCGCAUCUCAUAGAUCGCUCGUUCAGACGGCGUUAUAAUACGGACAAACAUUUCAAAGACGCCUACCUAGCAAAGCCUUUUUGGUAUGCUCGACUUGCGCCAGACAAUAGCCCGAACAUGUUGUACCCCCCGGUCCAUGUGACGAUUCUCAAGCCGGAGAGAUGUUUGGAGGCGAUCCUCUUGCUUCUGCUUCGAAACUACGGCUAUUUGAACUCGGCCGUCGACUGGGACGCCAAGAUUGAGCGCGUAGUGCGUUUGUGCCUCGAAACGGACAAGCCCCCGUACCUGCGGUUGGAUCAGAUCCAGGAACCGUUCCGGGAGUACUUCUCGCGGAUGAUUGAUCCCGAUUAUGUUUUCGUCAUUACCGAAGGCGGCAUCUGUCAGGAUGUAGUUUAUCUUCGAGCUCUACAUCAGGUGCUGAGGGCUACAGCGCAGCUUCCACCUCCGGGGGAUGAUCCUUUCCCUCGGGCUUCUGUUGAACCGAUGAUGACCGGCGAUCUGGACGCUAUCUUCCAGAGGCUCAAGAUCUCACCCGGUCUCGACAUCGACCCUCCAGAAGACAGCAGAUCUGCAGAAGGCCUUGCAUCUCCACAGGACAGCACCCUUCCUGACGCUGAUGAUGAGGAGGAAGAAGGACAAGGAGAAGAAGAAGAAGAAGCAGAAGAAGAAGGAGGAGAAACAGACAUCUUCGACGCAAACCAAUGCUUGCCCCACGACAAGCUGGUGGAUCUCCUCAAUACCGACCGUGUCAAAGCAAAGAUAGCAGCGAAUGAGAAACAGUGGAGGAUUGGCAGGAACUUUUACUCAAGAUCCGUGUCUGACGCAGAGUCUGAUCUGUAA